AUGCGCCUUCGAUCCAUCUUUGUAAUCCUUGUUGGUACCUCGUUGGUGACCUUUCUUGUUCUUGUCAGCAGCACAUUUGGCGACUGGGCGGCUGUGACCGACACAACCGAUAGCAGCCAUGUUGUCACAAGCAACAAGCCUGUAGUCAAAUCGAACCGUCUUUCUCAAUCCCGAAACGAAAUCCAAACUACGGCUGGUGGGGUCAUCUUCUUCUUCCAUGUCAUAAAGACAGGCGGCACCACCAUCCGCGACAACUUUCGCAACAGUAGCAAAUUCCCAAGCGUCCAGUACGUUCUCGUCAACACUCUCCAAGAAUUCAGAGGCGUCCAACCCAAAAUAGAGGAGAGACUUCUUCGUCUGGGAGCGAACAUGACAACAAAGACGCUUUUUGUAGAACUCCAUGGACGCAAUACACCAAAUCUGCUUGAACUGGCACCCAUACUACAAAACUGGAAAGUCCAAGCACAAGCCAAUCAGGUUCCCUUUUUCUCCUUUACACUACUUCGAGAUCCAGUCGAUUUUGCAGUGAGCUUCUUCAACUUUUUCCAUGUCUUUGGCGACAAACGGUUUGGACGGGCCAUGCCAGCCACGCUGGAAAAUCUGCAGAAAACGCUGCAAUGGAAUCCACAAUGCAUCUACCUCGUACGAGGGGAACGACCCUAUUUUCGACCCAGUCACUACUACAAUGUGACACACCAAGACUGUCACGAGGCUGCAGAGUCAUUGGACAAUGUCAUGGAUUGGGUGGGAGAUACCCAACAAUUGUCCACGGAAACGUUGCCUUUACUGGUGAAAUUGGUGACUGGCACUGCUCCAAGCACAGAGUUUAUGGAUCGGCACAUUGCAUCCUUCAAUGUAGCUGCAACACGCAAUCAGCGAAACAAACCCAUGUCUAGACAAUUGUUGGAUGCAGCAACAUUGGACAUGAUUCAUACAAAGACUCAGCUGGAUCAGUGGCUUUUGCAUCACAGCAUUCGUAGACUGAACACGGAGGGAUGA